AUGGGAAUUCGGAAGGGAAUCGGGAAUGGGAAAAAAUUGAAGGAAAUUGGGAGUGAACGCACAUUUCCUCCUUCGAUGGGACUGACGUACUCAUCGUGGAUCUGUGUCGACAAAUUCAGCAAUGCAGCCACCGACGCCCAUCCAGUUAGACUGCUCAACAUUGUCAGAUCAGUCAGAGAUGACAACUUGGUCUGCCUAUCCAUCUAUAUCUCUGCUAAGGAUAGGUCCUUGAUUAUUUCAACACAAGAAACUAUGUUGAGUAAUUUAGCCUCUGCCGAAAUGGAUUUUGACUCUAUUGCACCAUCGACAACGCAAAUCACGAACAACUCAACAACAUCUUCAUCAACAAACUACAACAACACCUCAACGACGACGACGACAUCGGUGACAUGGAAUGAUUGCACGACAAUCAGGAUGCACUGCCCUGAACUGGCCCAGGAAGGUCAGUGGCACCACCUGGUCGUCAUGCUGCACAGGUCCGGUAUGCUCAAGAACUCCAGUCUAUCGGUCGUCGUCAACGGUUCAACCAUCGGCACUUUCAAGUUGCAUUACCCAACUCCGUACAUGGUUCCAUCGACAUCGUCCUACAUUGCGUCCAUCUAUGCAUUCAUUGGAACUCCUCCGUGCAUUCGUCGGACAUCACAGUUGUCAUGGAGGCAGGGUGCUUGCUACCUAUUUGAGGAUGCACUCAUUCUCUCCGUCGUUCAGUUCAUCUACAAACUCGGUCCCAACUACACUGGCAGUUUUCAAGCCGCCAUACUUGCGCACGAUAGAAAAGAUGGCCCCCACUUAUCAUCAUCGUCGUCGUCGUCCUCAUCAUCCUCAUCGUCGUCGUCGUCCUCGUCACUGAUUAACGAAGAGAAAAUUAUCUUUGGCAUCCACGCUCACGCCAUGUCAGUGAUGACGACCGCCAAGAUAAGGAAGAUAUUCAACAAGGUCGAUGCCAAGAAUGUUGCGAAACAACUCGGCAUGUCGGCACACGAAAACGCCUCUCCAAUCAGAAUCCUCCACAAUUCCGUGGGUCAUCUUGCAGGGCCUGCCAGGGUGGCAAAGGUGAUCAUGAGUGUUGCUGGCACCUCUUCAUUGCUUGGUUUGAUUGCCAUGGCUAACAAUAUUGAAGGGUUGUAUGCUUCAGUCAAAGCGCUGGUCUGUGUUGUACGAAGCAACAAAGAGGCAUGCAAAGAAAUGGACAUGAAUAAGGGCUACCAGCACCUAGCUAUGAUAUUCAAGAAGAAGUGCCGCCUGCUGAACAGUCACAUCCUGCAUCUGACCUUCUCAUUGGUCGGCACUGUCGAUAGUGGCAGGGAGAACUCAAUUAUAUCCAAUAAGGGCGCUUUUGAAAGCCUAUUGGCUGAUUUGGAUAUUUGGAAAAAGGCUCCCUGCGACCUUCAGAAGUCCUUGUAUGAGCAUUUUUUUGACCUCCUCACUGAAUCCAGUGACCAACCGUGGAACAAGAAUAUAAUGCUGGAGCUUGGAUUGGUGGAUAAGUUGUUGAAUGUUGCUUACGAUGAGAACAUAUCACUGAACGCCAUGAACAUCAUUUCCUCUGUUCUCCAUAAUCUCCUCUCCGGUCCUAACUAUCAUUCCAGAUCAUUGCUCAGGUUUGGUCAGUUUGUUGCAAACCUCCUCCCAUCAAAUUCAGUGGAUGAAAGAUCUUUCAACAUCAGCAGCGCCGACAACCCGUCAGAUGUAUUGUUUGAUAACACAGGAUCCAGAUCCAUAUUCAUCAUCAGAUUGAGAAAUCUUUGUUUGGAUAUCAUAUCGAAGCUGGCGUUCAUGCCGUCGUCCUCGUCAACAACAACAUCAUCUGCAGUCCCACUUGCUCACAAACAUUUUCAACAAUUGAAUUCUCAAUUCUGCGAAGACCUCCACAAGACCCUGGGCCUUGAUUGGUUCUUGUUGUUCCUGCAAGGUCACAUCCACUCGUCCACAGUCACAUGCAGCCUCUCACUGCUCCUCUGCAUCCUUCAGCAUCAUCCUUUCUUGCAGCAGAAAUUCAGAGAUGGGGUCGGGUGUGGAGGGUGGCUCACCGAUGCUCAGUGCGUCGUCGUCGGCAACCGAAUGUCCCUUCUUGCCGGUGUACAAAUUGGCAGUCGUACUUCAAGAGAGAUUGCCAUGGAGCUGUGCAGCACUCCUGGCUUCAUGUGUCUCAACUGGCUGCUGCCACAGCAUGCCUCCCUAUCAAAGAUCUAUUUCUUGCUGGUCAUGUUUAUGCUGAAUCAACCAAUUACAGAUAUCCCUGAGAAUGUUGAAUUCAAUCUGGACUCAAUAUGGACCCAGGUGUUCAAGGUGUCAGACGGCAAACCACUGCAGGUGAGCAAGUUGAAGUUGGAGUACUGCAUUGAAGCUGCUGUCAUUAUCCUCUCUCUUGUCAGGACGGCUUUUAGUUGCUCGUCCAUCGACCAGGAAACAGAUUCCUGGGUGAAAGACUAUCCAAUCGUAGCCCUGCAGUUCUUUCUCUACCUCUACCACAACCAACCAGAUUUCGUGCCUCUCUGCAUGACGCCCGAUUUUUUGAAUGCCCUCUCUUCAACUUUGUUUCUUCUAAGGUCAAGUUGCUUGGCCGACGUCAACAAUUCGGAAUCGUCUGUUGAUGAUUUCAGACCUUUUUCAAGCGUAGAGCAGCUCUCUACUUCGGCCCCGACUUCUGAAAAAGCAGUUUCCUUGACAUCGCAUGUCGCCAGAAAAUUUGUUGUUGACUUUCUGAGAAGAAUUAUUUUGAACAGUUUGGCCCUGUCCUGCACUAACAAAUCUCUGCCUGUCAUUGAUGUGGUUCUGGAGGUAUCUCCAGAUCAUUCUUUUAGGCAAGAGUGCAAACAGUUCCAAACGGAAAUACUGAACGUUGUGAUGGACCACUUGUUGGCAGCCGACGUGAUGAUGGGAGAGCAGGGAGCACUAUCCAUUUCCGGUGGAUCCAGUUACACGCAGUUGGCAGCCAACGUCUUCUACUUUUCGGGGCGGGUGGUCGAUAAGUUGUGGCAAGGUGCUUAUACACGGGACCCAAAUGAGGUUUUUGAUUUCAUCAAUCUGCUUAUCUCACAGGCUAAACGAAAAGCCUCUGGUUUAUGUCUUGACAAUGUUUACAAGUCGCUCAAUCGAACGAUACUCUACCAACUUUCCCGUCCCCUCACCUCAUUGGCUGACUUCGAAGGGGUCAAGGAGACUCUUCAAAAGUUACUGACCAAUAAAAUUUUGAUUUUUGGUCCCAGUAACUUCGACUCGGAGUUUAUUGGCUGCCUGUGCUAUUGUCUCCUGCAAAUGUGUGAUCUCAACCCCAAUAACAUCAACAGUCCACAAGCCCUCCGAACGACAACAUGGCACGUCGAACCAACAACCUGCUUUGAAGCUCCCGCCAAUCAAAACGCACCAACCUCAACUAAGGAUGACAGUAGCAGCAUCAGCAGCAACAACAACAGCGACAGCAACAACAGAAUGCUGGUGAAUGACAGUUUGCAGAGUCUGGCAUCGCAUGCUAGGAAAGUCUGGGAUGAAUUAUUUAUUUCUAAAAAACCAGUCAUUGAAGAGAUAUUCAAGGUGACGUUGACGGCAUCAAGUGAUCCAAAUAAUGUGAAAAGUUGUCUUCGCCAGACCUCGUCUACAUCAAGCCUCAAAUACUCGAUGCAGCCACAAAAGUUUGGUUGAACUACUACGAGAAUGAAAGGAGAAAUCUCUACAGUCAGUCUGACAGGAUGAACUCUCAGCUGCACGCCAAGCUGCAAAAAGUAGGUCAGGGCAUGAUGAGACUGGCCAAUAGGAAGCCUAGAAAGGAGGUCAUAGGGAAGCAGGUGUAUGCCACUCAACACGAAUGGCUGAAUGGAACAGCUUCCCAUCUCUCAAUCAUUUGUGAUCUUGUUGAUCUCAGAUUGAGCCAAUAUAUACAGAACCAAGAACGCACGAUGCAGUUUCUAGAAGAAGAGUGGCUGGAAAUUGAGGGGGAGUUGAUGAGGGAGAGAGGGCUGUGGGGACCGCAGGUCGGAUCAGAUCUGGAUAAGUGGAUGCUUGACGUCACUGAAGGUCCAUGCAGGAUGAGGAAGAAGAUGAUCAGGAAUGUGGACUUCUACCUUCACUACCCAUACAGACCCGUCGUCGAAGCAAAUAGAGAGAUGAAGUACAAGGUAGCCAUCAGUCUAGACAGCAAACCGUACACACAGACGUACAAGGCGUACAGUCUCAUUGAAGGCAGACAGCUCCUCCCACCGGGUCAAAAUCAAAUCAUGACGUCAACAGCGGCUUCAGCAACUGCUCCAUCACGUGAUCAGACGAUUUUCACUAGCGGUAGUGCUGAUGAUGAUUCUUUUAGGCCUGAUAAUGAAGCGGAAGUCGUCGGCAGUUCUGAUUUGAGUCAGUUUCAGUCCUAUCCAGUUUAUAUUAUUUUGACUGAGAAAUUAUUAAAGUUUGAAACUUCAGUUGAUCAAGUUGGUACUUUUUAAAACUAUCAAACAAGAGCUGUUUCAUCUUCCUGACAGAUAACAAAAAACACUGUUGAAUGACAAAAAUUAUAUUAAUAAAUUGACAGUAUAUUUUAAAAUAAAUUUUCCUCAUUCAAAA